AUGAAAUACGACGGAACCAAAGACCCCCAGGAACACCUAACAGCCUUCGAAGCCAGAAUGAACCUAGAAGGCGCCACCGACGCCGUCCGAUGCAGAGCCUUCCCGGUGACCUUGUCCGGACCAGCAAUCAAAUGGUUCAAUGCCCUCCCCAAUGAAUCCAUAAGCAGCUUUCGCGACAUAUCGCGAAGGUUCAUGGCCCAAUUCACCACCAGAAUCACCAAAGCCAAACACCCCAUCAGCUUAUUAGGGGUCACACAAAGGCAUGAUGAAUCCACAAGAAAGUAUCUCGACCGAUUCAACGACGAAUGCCUAACAAUCGACGGGCUCACAGACUCGGUCGCAAGUCUCUGCCUUACGAACGGACUCAUGAACAAAGACUUCCGCAAACACCUUACCACCAAACCAGUAUGGUCCAUGCACGAGAUCCAAAACGUCGCCAAAGAUUAUAUAAACGACGAAGAGGUCAGCCAGGUCAUCGCCGCCAACAAACGGAUCGGCAAAUUCUCUAAUUACACACCUCUAACGGCCCCAAUUACCGAGAUAUACCACCAGAUAGCAGAUCGAGGCAUCAUCCCAAAAGCCAGGCAACUCAAAGAAAGAACAGGCGGCAACAAAACCCUUUACUGCGACUACCACCGAGGUUACGGGCACAGGACACAAGACUGUUUCGACCUCAAAGACGCACUCGAACAAGCCAUAAGAGACGGCAAGCUCCCAGAGUUCGCCAAAAUCAUCAGAGAACCAAGACGCGCAGAAAGGGACAAGUCAGCUGAAAGAGAAGGACGCAACCCGAGAACACAAAGACAACCUCCCAAGGAAAGCCUAGAAGACGACCCAACCAUAAUAGUAAACGUUAUCACAGGCAAAGACAUAUCAGGCAAAUCAAAAUCGAUGUUAAAAAAGGACCUCAAGGUCUUGGCCGUCAGAAAUCAAGCCCCAUCUACCACUCCCGACCAAACGAUAAACUUCCUACCCGAGGACUGCCAACACGGCACCUCGGCCGAAUAUGCACCCUUUGUCAUCUCGGCAAGAAUCGGAAUGGGACUAGUUCGACGGAUACUGGUGGACACCGGUGCAGACUCCAACAUCCUCUUCCGAGGAGCUUUUGACAAGCUCAGACUCCGCAACGAAAAUCUCCAAACAUACCGCAAUGGCGUUACAGGACUUGGAGACAACUUCCUCAAACUAGACGGCUCUAUAACCCUACCUCUCACCAUAGGGACAGGCGACCAAAGGAAGACAAUUCUGUCCGAAUUUGUGGUCCUUAAAGAUUCCACCGCCUACAACGUCAUCCUUGGAAGGAAAACGAUCAAUGACUUCUCCGCCAUCAUUUUUACCAAAUAUCUCCUUAUGAAAUUCAUAGCGGACGACGGCUCCAAAGCCACUAUUCACGGAGACCGCGAGGUCCCAGCAGAAUGUGACAACACCAGUCUAGCUUUGCGAAAGAAGUCUCGCGACGCGGCUGGGAUAUUCCUAGCCGACUUGGACACACGACAAGACGGCCAGCCCAGACCAGAAUCAGAAGGUGACAUGGAAAAACUACAAAUAGGACGAACCAAAGACAAAUACACUUUUAUCAACAGGAACCUCCCAUACAACUUUAAAGAAAACCUUUCUCAAUUUCUGAAACAAAACAGAGACCUAUUCGCUUUCACACCAGCCGACAUGCCCGGGAUAGACCCCGACCUAAUGUCCCACUGA